CAGGCGUUAGAUCACAGCCCGGCACCCUGUCCGUCAAACCCCACCCCGUUUCACCAAUGGACGGCCAAAUGGCCGUGGCCACCAUCGACAUAGAGACUAGUUUCACAAACAAGCACAUGUCGAAUGGGGCCAACGGUCACGCCAACGACACGGUGAAAGCGUCCGUCUUGUCGGCCCACAAUAUCAACUAUUUUGUCAAAGUCGCCACAAAAUGUUGCAUGGGGAAAACAGAUAAACAAAUUUUACAUGACGUCAGUGGCAUCUUCAAGCAAGGAAUGACCGCCAUCCUAGGCCCUACAGGUUCUGGAAAAUCUUCGUUUUUAGAUGUCCUAGCUGGCAGGAAAGAAGCUGAAAGAUUAUCUGGCCUUAUACUACUUGACGGUAAACCUGUGCCCAAGAAUUUCAAAUGUAUGGUUGGCUAUGUAGUUCAGGAUGAUGUUGUCAUGGGUACAUUGUCAAUACGGGAGAACUUUGCCUUUUCGGCAGCCUUACGUCUGCCCAAAUCAGUUUCUGCCAAAGAGAGGAAGGGGAAGAUUGACCAGGUGAUCAAAGAGCUUGGUCUGGACAGGUGUGCUGAUACCAAGGUUGGGAAUGAGUUUAUUCGUGGAGUGUCUGGCGGAGAGAGGAAGAGAUGCAACAUUGGCAUGGAGCUGAUUAUCUCCCCUCCUGUGCUCUUUUUAGAUGAGCCAACAACAGGCCUGGAUGCCAACACUGCAAACACAGUGCUCAUGUUUUUGAAGAGGUUGUCACGACGAGGAAGGACGAUCAUAUUCUCUAUACACCAGCCUCGGUACUCCAUCUACAGGCUGUUUGACAGCUUGAUGCUGCUCUCACAAGGUCACACUGUGUUUCAUGGGCCCAGUGAGGAAGCCCUGGCGUUUUUUACCUCUCAAGGUUAUAUUUGCCAGGAACACAACAACCCCCCAGAUUUUUUUCUGGAUGUCAUCAAUGGAGACCCAACCACAUUCAAAGAUGCAGGAAUCAAUGUUGUCAAUGAAGUGGAGUCAGAUUUUGAAAGAACAUCUGACUAUAAUGAAUCAACUCCUCAAAGCCAGCAUGACAAACUUGUUGUAGGGUUUAAAAACUCGGACUGGAACAGAAGACUUCAAGAAGAAUCUGGAGCCAUCUUGAAAGACUUUGAAGCACAAGUUAUCCUCAAGGGAGAGAUGCAUAAAGCAGUAGACUAUGCUACAUCCUUUGGGAAUCAAGUCCUGGUUGUUGCCAAAAGAGCUUUUAUUAACUUGAUAAGAAACCCACAGACCAGCAUCUUAACUAUCGCAACCUCAGUUGUCUUUUCCAUCAUCAUUGGAGCCAUUUACUGGCAGCUUAAGGCUUCUGCUGAACCAAGCAGUUUUAAAGACAGGUCUGGUGUUAUAUUUUUCCUUAUUAUGAAUCAGUUGUUUUUCAAUAUGUCAGCUGUGGAAGUCUUCAUCAAAGAGAGGAAGAUAUUUAUGCAUGAGAAUGUCAGUGGUUUCUACAGAGUGUCAGUGUAUUUCCUGGUGAAGAUUCUGUUUGACAUGAUCCCACUGAGGAUGGUUCCUGUCAUAGUUUUGUCAUGCAUUGUCUACUGGUCUGUUGGUCUACAUUCUGGAGCUGACUAUUUCUUCCUGUUUAUGCUCUGUCUCUUCUUGACAACAAUGGCGGCCGCUGCCUUGUGUUUCCUCCUCAGCUCCAUUGUUCAAAUAUUUGCAGUGGCCCAACUUCUGCUGGCCUUGUGCUACGUACUCAUGAUGUUGCUUGGUGGCUUCCUAAUCAACUUUGAGUCAAUUGGUCCGUGGCUGCACUGGGCUCAGUACUUUAGUCUGUUCAAGUAUUCACUGUCGGCAUUGUAUAUAAAUGAAUUCAAAGACAGAGAAUUCUGUACUAAUUCAACAACAUGUAUCUCGGGUAACAAGUACCUAGAACAACAGGAUAUGAGCUACCAGGAACCCUGGGAUUUCUGGCAAAACUACGUGGCUCUAUUCUUGUAUGCCUGUGUUCUCUUCUCUCUGACAUAUGUUCGGCUGAGAUUUAUGAAGAAGACCUCAUAAAUGGCAAAAUUGUUAUCAUAUUGUUAUUACUAUAUUAGCCAGUUCUUUCCAGCAUGAAUGAUGAAAAUUUGGGUACAUGCUCAGGUUUAUAAUCAUUGUAUAGCGUCACAUUUUCUUCUAACUCAGCCCUAAAAGAAAAAUGAGCCCUAACACAAAACUUAAUGCUUAUCCAAACUGUAUCAUAAUCUAAACUCUACCCUUGAACUAACAAAAGGCUGCCUUGACAAUAGAUAGCACUAAAAGUAAAAAUGUGUAUGACAGUAAACAAUGUGUAUAAAGUAAAAAUAAUUUGUACAAAAGAUUCAAGUUGACAUUAUUUUGUGUGGCUGUGUGAUAAUAGGUAGGUGAACUUUUAUUUUUUAAAACAAGGGAAGAUAAUUAUUAGCGAGUAUGAAUGUUGAGUUGUCCUAACAUAUUUCAUGUAUGUAAUAUUCUGGCAUGUACAUAAAUGUAGGGGAGGUAAUUUAAUAAUUGUUUUCACACUUAAGGGGAGACCACAAAAAAAAAUCUUAUGUAUAAUACAGGCCGAAUUAGUACAUUGUAAAUAUAUUUUGUUUUUGGCUAUUAACGUUUUACUGUAAAUAAUGCAAAACAAAAUUGUAUGAAUAUUUAUUGUUAACAGAAAGAUUUUUGUUUGUUUGGAAUAUGUACAUAGAAUAUACAUUUUUAUAUAUCUCAGUUAAUAAUUUUUUUAAUACUUGACAUUUUAAAAUGUGAAUAAU